GCUUUGAACCGGUUUAGUGCCAGAUAUAAAGGGCCGGCUGACUGACGCACAAAGCGCAUUGUUGACGAAAGAGAACGCUGUCUCUCCUGUCACACACACACGAUUCAGAGCAGCAUCCGUGGACGAUGCUCUCUCCUUCAUUUCAUUUGUGUUGAUCCCACGCACGACACGGGAUUUUCACGGGAGAAUCCUCCUUCAUGGAAAGUUGGUGUAGAGCUCGCAGCUGUGCGCGCGCCUGCUGCUGCUGCUGUUGCUGCUGCUGUUGAUGCUGAGGAUCCCCUGCUCUGUCCAUCCAAGCCACAGCUGUAAACUCCACAUCAUGGCUCCAUCUACUAAAGUCGUGGACGGAGGCUGGGGAUGGGCGAUUGUCGUGGCCUCCUUCAUGGCGCAGCUCCUGGCCUACGGGUCACCACAGUCGGUGGGCGUCCUCUACCCGGAGUGGCUGCAUGCCUUCCAGGAGGGCAAGGGCAUGACGGCCUGGGUGGGCUCCCUCGUGGCUGGUGUGGGACUAAUAGCCAGUCCCAUCUGCAGUGCCUGUGUGGACAACUUCGGUGCCCGUCCCGUGACCAUCUUCAGCGGCGUGAUGGUGGCCGGUGGCCUCAUGCUCAGUGCCUUUGCUCCGAAUGUGCAGUUUCUCAUUUUUUCCUACGGGAUUGUGGUCGGCCUGGGCUGCGGUCUGGUCUACGCUGCCACGUUGACAAUCACCUGUCAGUAUUUUGACAAGAGACGUGGCCUCGCCCUCGGCAUCGUCACCACAGGCACAAGUAUCGGAGCGUUUCUUUACGCCACCGUUCAGAACGAGCUGAUCGUGCUGUACGGCCUGGACGGCUGCCUGCUGAUCAUCGGUGCUAUAGCUCUCAACCUCAUGGCCUGUGGAGGAUUCAUGCGGCCCCUCUACAUGCCGAGGUACUACCUCAAGCAGAAGGCCGCCCUGGAGCGAAAUACGGAGGAGCAGCUCUUUGAGAAGCCCCCGGCGAGCGACCUGAACGUCACAGCGGGUUCCACCGCAGCCAGUCCAGAGACGACCGUGGCGGUGAAGGAGCUGCUCAUCACCUUGGACGCCAAGGACUUGUCCAGUCAGAUGGAGAAGAAAGGCAGCUUCCUCACCAGGCUGGCCAUCAUGAAGGUCAUCAAGAAGAAGCAGCAGGCUUAUUCCAGGUACAUGCAGUCCACGUCGGAGAUCCUGCAGGACCAAGCCAUGGUGGCGUACUGCUUCGCCGUGUUCUUGUUCAGCCUGGGGGCAUUCCCGCCUGUGCUCUUCAUAGAGGAUGUGGCGCAGAGUGAGGGACUCAUUGAAGAAGUUAGUAUCUUUCCUCUGGUGUCGAUAGGGGCCAUCGCCACCGGUGUGGGCAAACUCGUGCUCGGUAUUCUGGUGGACAUCCGGUGGAUCAACAGCAUCUAUCUGUACACGUUCACCAUGUUUGGAGGUGGAGUGGUUCUGCUCCUCCUCCCCGUCACUAAGACGUACGUCGGGCUGCAGAUCCUCUCUGCUCUUCAUGGUUUCUUCUCUGGAAACUGGUCUCUCACCUCCUACAUCACCACUAACAUAGUGGGCCUGGACAGACUCACCCAAGCCCAUGGCAUCCUCAUGUUCUUCGGAGGACUUGGGAUCAUGCUUGGACCCCCGGUUGUAGGCUGGUUCUUUGACUGGAUGCAGUCGUACGACCUGGCGUUCUACUUCAGCGGGAGCUGCGUGCUGCUCGGAGCGGUCGUCCUCCUCGUGCUCACUCUUCCCUGCUGGAACAGGAAGAACUCUGACAACGACAGGCCGGACGUCCUCUACACCAGCAACUGUGACAAAGUUGCCUCCGUCGCCUGAAGUGAUCUUUUCACAAGCACUCUCAAUCUCUCGCCCAACUGCCCGCCAAUUCUACACUUCCUUCUUUUUUCACGAUACUAAGAGUUCUGUUGCCGGGUUUUUGAUAAACCAAAUUAGUUGCAGAGGUUUAAAAAAACAAAACAAAAUGCAGGCUUUCCCCUCUGUACUCUGUGCCUGCAUUUCUCAGGUUCGAACCACAUAUCCUGCAGAAUCUUUACAACCACAAGAGCAGGGCUGGUUUGGUUCUUUUUACACUUAAGACACUUAAGCCACAGAUUUUGUCCUUCACACAUUUGGGGGGGAUGACAUCCACACCGCUUUAUUUUUAUUUAAAAACUGAUGCCUGUCCCCCCACCCGAUCUGAUAAACAACAUCCUGCAAUGAUUCAGGUACAGCGGACACUCGCGUGCGGGUGUUUGCUUCUAAAGUCUGAAAGUGUUCAUGGAGCUUCUCAUUCACAGCUGAUGGCAGAGUUGUGGCUGAUAAGAACCCAUCGUGGAGCCAAUGUCGACAUCGUCUCGCUAAAACGCAGCAACGUGAACGAGUUUUCAAACUAAAACAGCGUGUGUGGAUAUCCAGAGCAGAAAUUGGAGUCAAAUUGGAUGUAGCAAUAGUAAGACGCGUUUACUGCAGCGGGAGAAUCCAGAGUUUCUCCUGCUGCGUUGUCAGACGAGAUCACUCGGGACAGUAGAGAGCUGGUGUGGAGGAAUCUUCAGAGACUUCAAAUAUUUGGCUCUUCAGUCUGACAGCGGCUCUACUGUUGCGCACACCGCCACAGAGGCGGUUUGUGUUCAUGUGCGCGAUGAGUCACCGCGAUGUUGUUGAUUUACAGGCGUGUAAUCAAGAACAUCCACAAAGGUUUCAAAAAUCCUGACUCUGACGCCUGUGUUUGAUUCUUUUUUACGAGGCAGACUCCGAACAAUACCGUCCAACUCCCAGAGUCGUACUCCCGUUGUUCACGUCGUUGUAGGAAAAUAGAACAACGCCGUGCACAGUUUGCAACACUGGGAGGAAGAGGAAUAUCUAAAUAUAAAAGUGGUAGUUUGACCGGUUGAAUUGGUUGAAGCCACUCUAAUGCAAAUGCACAAACAUCUCCCAGGACUCUCCCUGGAAGAGAAAAAAAACAACACAGGGACUGAAUUCAAUCAACCUUUUUAUUUUAGGUUUAGAUUUUAAUACCACGUGUAUCUUAACUGUGCCACUAUGUAUAUUUACCAAAGCGUCAGUGAUCGUAAUGGAUGUCUGUCAACAUGUUAAUGCCUGUUGGAACAAUACGAAAGCCUUUCUUGACAUUUUACACUAAAUUCCCUUUUUUUUUAUAUGCUUUAUUUUAUUUAAUGCUAAUUCAAAAACGUGUGAAAACAUGUUAAAGGUUGUCUUUAUUGUAUUUGUAACCUCGAGAGCAUGACGCUUUCUCUGCGUAGCAUGGACUCAUCGCCAUGACCCCGUGACCUCUGCUGGCAUCCAUGUUGAGCGUGUGUAAGUAUUCUUUUUGUGUAUGUCGUGUCGGUGCAUACACAUUCGAUAUGUGCACAUGUGCGGGUGUGUGUGUGUGUGUUGUUUUAAAUACUUUUUGUAUUAGCAUUAAAGUCCGACGUGCUGGUGAUUUUUAUAUGCACUAAACCUGCCGUGGCGCUGUUCUUAUUUGACGUCGUAGGGUUAAAGUUGUUAAAAUGAUGACUGUGUUGCGACACGACUUUUAGAAUCACUUGAACGUUUUUACGCAGACGACUGCAGACGUCUGUCUUUUUGAUAGUUCCAGACCUGUUUCUUUGUCUGUUGAGGGUUUCUAGAGGCCGUGUAUAGUUUUCACACGUUAGCUAUAUUCUUUUUUUCUUUUUUUUUUUUUAACCCCAGUG